AUGGUGGAGCCACCUGACGGGGAGUGGGGAAGAUAUGAAAAUGGGAGAUGGACCGGUCUCGUCGGAAUGUGUCAAGACAGGGAGGUGGACCUAACCAUUGCUCCGCUAACAGUAUCAGUAGACAGGUCUAAAGUCAUGGAUUUCGCCUAUCCUUUUUACUAUGAUAAGCUGGUGGCUAUUUACAAGAUGCCGGACGCAGCUGGCUCCAAGUGGAAGACAUUGUUGUGGCCGUUUCGCUGGGAAGUCUUUCUCAGUCUAGCUUUAACCUGCAUCAUUACUGUGUUACUGGUGUACUGUGUGGACAGGAAAUUGGCUACGAAGCUAAAACAUCGCUUAGCUAUACAACAGAAACAUUCGGUAAUGGAGAGUUCUCUCAUGGUGUGUGCUGUCUUGCUUAGACAAGACUGUGCACUUCCACCGAUCUCGACGCCAGGCAGAAUGAUAAUAGGCGCCUUCUGGUUGUUCACAAUCCUGAUCGCUGCAGCGUACUGCGGCAACCUGGUGGCUUUCCUCACCAUAAAGAAAGACAUUCCGCCACUGAAGACUUUAAGAGAUCUAGUCAGCCAGACACAGUACAUAUGGGGAACUAUUGACGGGACACUGUGGAUGACUGUCUUUGAGUUUUCAAACAGGACAGAUGACCAGAAAAUAUGGGAUGGUUUGGUAAAAUUCAACAAAACAGACACAGACGUGUUGGCCCCGCAUUUUCCAGAACACCGGCAAAAGGUUGAGAAAGGGAAUUACGUGUUCUUCAGUGAGCGCUCCAUACUACAGAUGUGGGCCGAGGACAACUGUGAUUUAGUCUUCCUCGACGAAAUAUUCUACAAAGUCAAUUUCGCCAUUGGAUUUCCACUCAACUCGCCAUACACUCGACUCUUUUCAGAAAUUAUGGUGGAUUUUGAACAGAACGGUCUGUUACACUUUUGGAAAAGAACGCGAUGGCAUGGGAACAACAAGUGUGUGUACGAACAACAACCUGGUGCUAGAGUUAUCGGACUUGUUGAUAUACAGAGUGCAUUUUUCGUUCUAGCUCUGGGACUAUCAUUAGGAAUUUUAUCACUUUUAAUUGAAUGGUGCUGGAAACACAAACUGAUAAAAGAAUAA